AUGUACGCGCAGUUAACGUUUUUAACGUCUGUACUGCUCCUUAAGGUAACGGCGACUAAAUAUCAGUGCGGUGGAUAUGUCACACAACCAGUCCAAACAUUAUUGACAUCUCCAAUACAGUGUCAGCCUACAGGGGUGGGUUCUUUCACACCGGUCGCUCAAUUCGUUAUACCGGCCAUCAUAAAGCCAUUACUGCAACCUGAACCGACUGUCCAGAGUUUGGCACCAGCAGUACCUAAUAACUCUGGAUUUCCGGGAUUUGUACCUAACAAUUUCCCGUACGGAUUCGCGGGUCCCUUUGGUGGGAUGCCUCCUAUUGUAAUAGAGAGCGACGAUGACGAUGAUGAUUUCACAAAUCUGCUCUUUUUCCUCGUACUUGCUUUAGGAAACCGAAGAUGCGGUUUUGGGGGUUACGGAAAUUGCUGCGGAUGUUGCGGCGGAGGAUACGGAGGAGGAUUAGGAGGGGGCCGUUGUGGUGGAAGUUGCGGCUGUGACGGGUAUCAAAAUUGUUUUCCUUUCCUUGUUCCAUUCCCGUAUAUUAAUCCUACUGGUGGCGCGUCCAUAGGUGAUAUUGCAGGAUUGUUAGGCUUUGGAGCCGGCGGAAAAGCAUUAGGUGCAGGACUCGGAAUUGGAGCUGGUGGCGGUGCUUUGGGAUAUGGCGCAAAAGUACCUGGAAAUCGUGGAAGCCACUCAAAUGAUGACGAUUGUUCCGAUGAAAUAAAUCUUAUCAUAAGAUAG